AUCGCUUCUCCUCUACUUUUGCAGCUUGCUGAUUGUAUCCAGAUUGGGCUCCCUAUGCUAAUUUUGCUAGUUAUAUUCCAACAGUAUCUGCAACGAAUCCAUCGAGUUGCGAGCCCCAUGCUUGAAAGAUUUGCUUUGCUCUUUUGCGUCGGUCUCAUGUGGGCUUUUGCUGCUAUUCUUACUGAAGCCGGUGCUUACAAACAUGUUAAGGAGAGCACCAAGCAGAGUUGCUGUACUGACCAUUCAUACCUUAUUUCAUCUGCUCCAUGGAUCAAGAUUCCAUAUCCUUUCCAGUGGGGUACUCCCAUAUUUAGAGCAAGCCAUGUUUUUGGAAUGAUGGGGGCUGCCCUGGUUACGUCCGCAGAGUGCAUCACAACAUUUUAUGCAGCGUCAAGGCUAGCAGGUGCCACAAUCCCUCCUGCAUAUGUUAUAAGCAGAAGCAUUGGCCUUCAGGGUAUAGGACAGCUCCUUGAUGGGUUUUUUGGUGGUGUUGUUGGUACAACUGCAUCGGUUGAGAAUGUGGGCUUACUCGGGCUAACUCGAGUCGGGAGCAGAAGAGUUGUGGAGAUAUCCAGUGGUUUCAUGAUCUUCUUUUCUAUAUUUGGGAAAUUUGGAGCUCUCUUUGCAUCUAUUCCUUUGCCAAUUUUUGCGGCCGUAUAUUGCAUCCUGUAUGGCAUUGUCUCUGCGGUCGGGGUUUCGUUCAUUCAGUUUGCAAACAGCAACUCAAUGCGAAACAUCUACGUAUUGGGUGUGUCUCUGUUCAUGGGAAUAACCAUACCGCAAUAUUUCGUGAUGAAGACAGAUAUUGGUGGCCACGGACCUCUUAGGACCCACGCCGGAUGGUUCAAUGGGAUAUUGAACACAAUAUUUUCGUCGCCGGCAAGUGUUGCAAUGAUAGUUGGGACAGUUUUGGACAACACGCUGCGAGCUCGGGACACAUUGGAAGAGAGAGGCGUCGCGUGGUUAGUCCCAUUCCAGAGGAGGAGAGGAGAUAGCCGAAACGACGAAUUCUAUAGCUAUCCCCUCAGGAUUGAUGAAUAUAUUCCUUCUAGAUUUGCCAAGUAACUUUCAUCUCCUGCCAAAAAAAAUGUUCAUAUUGUAUUGUACUAUAUGUGAAUUUUGUACCUGUAACUUACCCAACUCUGUAAAGUUCUGUGGGCUUUUCAAAUGCUUUUUUUUUGUCCUCUUAUUUUGUUAUGCUGUAUUUUUUGGUUGGUGCUCUGUGUACACACCACCACUAACCUAUACACCAUUUUUGUUUUAAACAUUUUUUUUUGUUAUCAAAGAGUUAACCUUUGGGCUUUUCAAAUGUUUUAUUUGAGAGCAAAAGAAAGAAUUAACCUUGGG